UUGCUUACUUUAACCUACUGUUCCUAAGUAGAAAUGUGGAACGGUCCCGGUGAAGUCGAUGACAAUAUCCUUUUAUGUGAUGGUCUGUUCGAUUGCUUAAUUUACUUUUCUUCAGUUGAUUGUGAGGCUGGCCGUGUGGAGGGUGGGGGUCGUAUGAUCUUUUGUAAAAAAAAAAAGAAAAAAAAAAAAGGAAAAAGAAAGAUUUAGAUUGAUGAGGCAAUACAUGUUUCUGGUUUAAUUGUUUUCAUCAUCUGAACAGCACAAAUUCUGUAAAUGUCAGAGUUCAUUUAUGAGCAAGAGACCUACACUCUUUUUUUGUGCCCAGACUCUGUAUUAAAAGCAUUCAAAGUUUCUCUGCUGUCUUCUCUCCUCAAGCCAACCUCCAUUCAUGGCCACUGCUUUGCUGCUGCUGCUGCUGCUCAUGCUUGCUGUGCCCAUGCUUGAUGUUUCAGAUGCUGGAUGGUGUGUUUGUCGGUCUGAUGUGAGCUCAACUGCACUGCAAAAGACACUGGACUAUGCUUGUGGAGCUGGGGCUGACUGCAACCCUGUUCUGAAAGUUGGGGCAUGCUACAACCCUAACACAGUGCUUGCCCACUGCUCGUAUGCUGCCAACAGCUACUACCAAAGAAAUGGACAGGCACAAACAGCUUGUGACUUCUCAGGAACAGCCAUGCUGACCUCCUCAGAUCCAGGUUCCAAUGGCUGUGUCUAUCCUGCAACUCCUAGUGCUGCAGGAACCUCAAGCACACCGAGAAGCAACUCUCCAUCGAAUUCGGUGACCCCUAGCACCUUCAGCCCGACAACAACCAACACAACAAAUGGAGUUCUUGGGGGAAUAGGCCCUACAGAAACAAACAGCGGAAUCGAUACUAGCCAUGGGAGUUCUCUUCAAAAGGGAGGGAGAUGGUCUCUCUUAACUCUUAUUCCGAUCAUGGUUUCCCUGACGAUAUGAUCGUGAAGCUACUACACUAAUUGUACCAUGUAAUGCCACCUUUGGUUGGUGAUCCUAAAUGGAAUAUCACUCGCUAGCAAAGUGCCUGUGAGAAUUCCUUGCGGUUGGUAGGAAGGCUGUCUCUUUUGUCCAUGGACCCUUUGUGUUUACUUCGCUUAGUUUCUGUAUGUCCAUCCAUUUCUAGAGUUUAAGGCUGUCUUUUGUUUGUUUUC